UGAUCAAAAUCAAAUAAACUUUUUUUUUCAAAAUUUCAUAUGCCAAAAUUAAGAUUUAUUCAGUAAAAGCUUCGCAGAUUGAUGACAUUAUUUACACGACUCACAACCCGAGUGUCUGCGCCCCUGCAGAUCUUUUUGCCACGGGUACAACUUGAUUCUGCUAAUUACUCCACCAGUGCCAAGUUGGAAUGUGAUAAGACAGCUGAGGUAGUUCUGGACCGAGGGCCUUUCUCCUCGCAAUUGGACUAUCAAUCUCGGCUGCGUUUUAAUUCACCCACAUUGAGUUAUGCGUUAAGCGGCAUCAUUUGCACGAUUGGACCUGCAUCCAACAAGGCGGACGUGUUAGUCAAGCUAAUCGAGGCCGGAAUGCGAGUUGUCCGAUUAAACUUCUCGCAUGGCACAUACGAUUACCAUUGCAACACAAUACAAGAGGCCAGGAAGGCCGUCGAGUGCUAUGCGACACAGGUUGGAGUAUACAAGCCCGUGGCUAUUGCAUUGGAUACCAAGGGACCAGAAAUACGUACGGGUCUAAUAUCGGGCAGCGAUACUGCAGAAGUGGAUCUAAAGCAAGGCGAUAAAAUCAAGUUAUCCACCAACAAAGAUUUGGAGUCCAACGGCAGCAAAGAUACUAUAUACGUAGACUAUAAACAGUUGCCAAAGAUUGUCAAGAAAGGAAACUUAAUAUUUGUCGAUGAUGGACAGAUCGCGUUACGUGUUACGGAGGCGACUGAGUCAGAAGUUAUGUGCGAGAUUGUCAAUGGCGGAAAGUUGGGAUCCCAUAAGGGUGUGAAUCUUCCUGGUAUUCCAGUUGAUUUGCCAUCUGUUUCGGAAAAGGACAAAAAGGACUUACAGUUCGGUGUGGAGCAUGGUGUGGACAUGAUCUUUGCAUCGUUCAUACGUGACGCCAAAGCCCUCAGUGAAAUUCGUGCAGUGCUGGGACCAAAGGGCAAGCACAUUCAAAUCAUAUCAAAGAUUGAGAAUCAACAGGGCAUGCAUAAUAUUGAUGAUAUAAUUGAGGCCUCCGAUGGGAUCAUGGUGGCUCGCGGUGAUCUUGGUAUCGAGAUCCUUACCGAAGAAGUUGUACUGGCCCAAAAGUCCAUAAUAGCCAAAUGCAACAUGGCUGGCAAACCCGUCAUAUGCGCCACCCAGAUGCUGGAUUCCAUGACGAGUAAGCCACGGCCAUCGCGUGCCGAAGCCUCGGAUGUUGCCAAUGCCAUAUUUGAUGGCGCCGAUUGUGUAAUGCUGUCUGGUGAGACGGCCAAGGGCAAAUACCCGGUGGAGUGUGUCAAAUGCAUGGCGAAAAUUUGUGCAAAGGUGGAAAAUGUUCUAUGGUAUGAACGAUUACAGAAUGAGAUUAAGACCUACAUGAAAUCAUCCUCGUCCGACAACAUUUCGGCGAUUACGGCUGGGAUCAGUGAGAUAGCUUCCUUAGGUCAAGCCACUGCCAUAGUUGUGGCGAGUCCAUGCCCGGUUGUGCCCAAUUUAAUUAGUCAAUUUCGACCCAGAUGUCCUAUUGUUUUUCUCACCGGUAUACCAAGGGUAGCACGACAAGCGACUAUUUAUCGCGGAAUCUAUCCGAUCGUUCCAGAGGUAAUGACUAAUGGUUGCAAAGAUUUUACGACUAUUCUAAAUAUUGGCUUAGAGUAUAUGGCCAGGAUGAAAAUCGUGGAUCCAGAGAAACCAAUGACACUUAUGAUUGUAAAUGCCUUAGAGGCAGAGAGAAUAACAUUUCGCCUCUUGUAUACAAAAAAAAACCGUCAGGAUUCCAAAUCCAGUGAAGCUCCAGAUGCGAAAGCGAAGCCCGUUCAACAAACGAAAAAUGAAAAGAAAAAAAGUUGCCACAAACCGACAGAGGGAGUGGAUAAGUGCGAAAAACAAUCGAAAGAACAGAAAAACGAAGAUGAAUGUGAUUCGGAUGACCCAAUAGUAACAAAGUGCAUGCGAAUUUGCGCUAAGGUUAAGAAAGAAAACGAAGACAAAUCAUGCAAGUAGAUGUGGAGAACAAUAUUAGUUCUUAAAGCUAAUAAUAUUUUUGA